AUGUCGACCAACGACGGUAGUAGCGAACAUGUUGGCACCGACCCAACCGUCGACAACCUCAACACGCCCUUCGAUGCGGGUGACCAAGCCUACAUCAUCAUUUCCGCGGCCAUGGUGCUCUUGAUGGUGCCGGGAAUCGCCUUCCUGUACUCGGGCCUCGCCCGCCGAAAGUCGGCCCUGUCGCUCAUCUGGGUCGUCAUGAUGUCCUUCAGCGUCGUCGUAUUCCAGUGGUAUUUCUGGGGCUACUCCCUCGCGCUCAGCAGCACCGCGACCAACGGCUUCAUCGGCAAUCUCGACAAGUUUGGCCUGCGCAACACCCUGGGCGAGCCCAGCCCUGGGUCGCCGCUGAUCCCCGAGCUGCUGUAUUCCUUUUAUCAGAUGCAAUUCUGCGCCGUCACAGCCGCCCUCGUCAUCGGAGCCACUGCCGAACGCGGCCGCGUCGUCCCCGCCAUGAUUUUCACUUUUUUCUGGGCCACGCUCGUCUACUGCCCGCUGGCGCACUGGGUCUGGGGUGCCAACGGCUGGGCCUUCAAAUACGGCGUGCUCGAUUAUGCCGGUGGCGGGCCCGUCGAGAUCGGUUCCGGCGUCUCGGCCCUGGCGUACUCGUGGGUGCUCGGCCGCCGCAACGAGAAAAUGAUGCUCAACUUCCGCCCGCACAACAUCUCGCUCAUCACCCUCGGCACCAUCCUGCUGUGGUUUGGCUGGUUAGGCUUCAACGGCGGUUCGGCCUUCGGCGCAAACCUCCGUGCCACCAUGGCCUGCUGGAACAGCUGUCUGACGGCCAUGUUUGCCGCCAUGACCUGGUGUCUACUCGAUUUCCGCCUCGCCAGGAAGUGGUCGCUCGUCGGCUGGUGUUCGGGCACCAUCUCGGGACUGGUGGCGGCUACCCCGGCCUCGGGUGUCAUCACCCCCUGGGCGAGCAUCGUGCUGGGCGUUGUGUCGGGAGUUGCGUGCAACUUUGGAACCAAGAUCAAGUUCAUGAUCGGCAUCGACGACGCGCUCGACGUGUUCGCUGAGCACGCCAUCGGCGGCAUCGUCGGCCUCAUCUUCAACGCCCUCUUCGCGGCCGACUACAUCAUCGGCCUGGACGGCGUCAACUUGGGCGCCACCGGCGGCUGGCUCAACCACCACUACCGCCAGCUCUACGUGCAGGUCGCCUUCGUUGUUGCCGCGUGCGGCUAUUCCUUCGUCAUGUCGGCGCUCAUCGCCAAGAUUAUCGAUCUCAUCCCGGGCCUGCAUCUGCGCGCGUCUUCUGAGGCCGAACUCCUCGGCAUGGAUGACGACCAACACGGCGAGUUUGCCUACGACUAUGUCGAGGUCCGCCGUGACUACCUCGCCUGGACCCCCGCCGAGCGCGACCCGAAAGAAGACGGUGUUGUGGUCAUACCACAGCACGGCAUUGCCGGACACCAGGACCUCGUUGACAGCGCACGCCUCCGCGCCCCCGGGACCGGUUCCGAGAAGGGCCAAACCAGCAGCAGUGCGCCCGCCACCCCGCCGCCCGAGCGAGAUCUCUCGCACCCGGAUUCUACAGACGCCGCUGCCAAACCGGUGGCAGUGCCAGAUACGAUCAGUGAGAAGCCGCCUGCUGCCGAGGCUACUCAAUGAUCACGUGUCUGCGAGUUUCUUCUGUUAUCUUUAUUAAGCGUUGUUUGGUUGCUUUUUUUUUUUUUGCCCAGGGCACAAAUUUGGGAUUCUAUUUACGGGCGGGCCUCUCAGGCUUGAGAGGGAUUGAGUGUGGACGUUCCUCUUUGCAUGGGACAACCGGUUUGUUUGCUGCGGAAGAGACUCCAUGAGAAGGGCGCGAGUCCGCCUGCCGCUAUCGGUCUUUUGGAGACCGCGGGGACGCCUCCUUUUUUUUCCUCCGCUUUUUUCUGCUCUCUGUUUCAUAUUGGCGCCUCGUUAGUCCGUUUGGCCUUAUUUUUUUUGGGUAUCAGCGCUAGCAUGUCGGUUGGUGGUGUUGUUGUUGUUGUAUAAUACCCCCCAGGUGGCUAUCGCUGCCUGAUCGUCAAAAGAGAAUUCUUGGUUGGG